CCGCCGACGUCGACGCCGAUGCGGUAGGCUUUCAUUUUGGGAUUUUGGUUUCUUGAGCCAGAUUUCUUGCUGUACGGCACUUGUGGUUGAGGCGCGAGGAUACGGGGUAUGAAGAAUGGAGCUUGAUAUCUGUGCGGAGGUGAUAGCGCUAAAUGUCGUGCAUUACCGACUCCUCAUCUGGUGUGAUAUGCAUGAUGGCCGUUAUCUGGUAGAGAUAUGCAACCCCGCAUUUUAUUGGAUAUACUUGUUUCGCCGGAUGACAGGAUGAUUCCAACAACACCAAAUUACUAUGAAGUUGGACACAAUACUCAAACGACUUGAAGUCGACGAUGAAGGCGGUUCUAUCCCAAACCGAUGGAUGAAUACCGACAUCAAGCCGGUCGAAGCAGGCCGUCGGACAUGGGGGUUUUGGACGUUCCAUAACUUUUGGAUUCUGAUUAAUUCGAAUAUCUCUACGUACAUGACGGGAAGUUCGUUGAUUGCGAAUGGCUUGACCUGGUGGCAGGCCAUCGUUGCUAUUGUGGUGGGCAAUUUGCUGGUUGUGGUUUUUGUGGUUUUGAAUUCGUUGCCAGGGGCCUAUUAUCAUCUUGGAUUCCCGGUUGUCAAUCGCUACGUUUGGGGUCUAUAUGGAAGCCAGUUCGUUCUGUGGAAUCGAAUACUUUUGUCACUUGUCUGGUAUGCCUUCCAAGCCUGGAUCGGCGGCGAAUGCAUCUACGUCUGCCUCCAAGCAAUCUGGCCCUCUCUCGAAACCAGAAUCCCAAACCACAUGCCCCCGUCCACGGGGAUGACGACCGCGAAUUUCGUCUCCUAUAUCGUAUUUACGGUGAUUUCACUACCAAUGAUAUACAUUAAACCGCACAAAUUGCAAAUUUUCUUCUACGUCUCGGCAGCUAUCAUACUCAUCUUUGAGAUUGUCGUGCUUAUCUGGUCACUCGCAACAAUGGGUGAACGGGGCUUUGGCGAUACAAUGUCAGACAAGAAUGAUGGUUACUCUGGGUGGAACAUUGCCUUCGGGAUCGUGAGUACAAUCGGAGGUAUCGCAGCUGGUAUUCUCAAUCAGAAUGACUACGCGCGGUUUGCGAAACGACCUCGCGAUGCUAUCCUCGGCCAGCUGAUUAGUUGUCCGAUGUAUGCUAUCGCGUGCAGUGUUAUUGGGAUAUUGGUGACAGCGGCUACGCAGGAGCGGUACGGCGAGGCUUUGUGGAAUCUACCUGAUCUGUUGGGUGCGGUUAUCAGACAAGGGGGGUCUCGUUCGCGCACGGCGGCGUUUUUUGGGGGUGCUGCGCUGGCUAUUUCCCAGAUUGGGGUUAAUGUUCCUGGAAAUGCAUUGUCGGGGGGGUUCGACCUCGCCGCUACAUUUCCGAAGUAUAUUAACCUCCGCCGCGGUGCCUAUAUAACGGCAUUGCUAUCUGUCGUCUGCAAUCCGUGGAAACUUGUAAACACGGCGACGACUUUUCUCUCCGUACUAAGCAGCUACUCCGUUUUUCUGGGCCCGAUGAUCGGGAUCAUGAUCGCAUCGUAUCUCGUGGUCCACCGGAGAAGAAUCAAAGUUGAAGAUCUAUUCCCCAUGCAGAGUCCGAGGGAUAGCAUUUAUUGGUAUAGUUAUGGUGUGAAUUGGCGGGCUGCUAUUGCGUGGAUAUGCGGCACCACGCCUUCUUUGCCUGGCUUUAUAGCAAGCGUCAAUACAAGUUUUACCGUGCCUGUUGGUCUCACACAUCUGUACUACAUCUGCUUUUUGACAGGGUUCACUAUCAGCGCAGCGGUGUAUUGUAUACUGCAUUAUGUGUUUCCGGUCUCUGAGGCGCAGAGAUUUGUUGACUCGGCGGGACCCGUCAAGGUGUUGAUUAGGGCGUAUCGGGAGGAAUGGGAUGGUGGUGCUGAGGAGGUUGAGGGCGUGGUUGGGGUUCGGGAUGGGAAGGUGUAGUUCCUUCGCACCUGUAAAUACAUACGCCUUACAUACUAGGCAUCUGGAAACCCAGUCUUAUGAACCGCCUACUCAUUUAC